AUGUCUGAUGAUAUUGACUGGUUACACAGCAGCAGGGACGUGUGCAAGGUAGAUCUUUAUAGCCCUGUGGGACAACGAGAACAGGAUCGGAAAGUGAUAUGCUUUGUGGAUGUGUCCACCCUGAAUGUGGAAGAUAAAGACUGCAAGGAUGCUACCGGUUCAAGCUCAAAUGGAGACUUAAGUCUGGGGAAUCUGGAAGAAAAAGAGAUUAUUGUCAUCAAGGACACCGAGAAGCAAGACCAGUGUAAGACGGAGGGCUCUGUGUGCCUUUUCAAACAAGCUCCCUCUGACCCCAUAAGUGUCUUCAAUUGGCUUCUCAAUGAUCUCCAGAAGUAUGCCCUGGGUUUCCAACAUGCCCUGAGCCCCUCAGCCUCUAGCUGUAAACAUAAAGUAGGAGAGACAGAGGAUGAAGAACACCAAAUGCACUCUGGCAACUGCUACAGUGUUUACGCUGACAAACUGAACUUGAAUUAUUUGACCAACGAACCCAAAAGCCUACGAGUAGAAAUGACAGCAGCUAAAAACACCAAUAACAACCAAAGGUCUUCGAGUCCCCCAGCUAAAUCUCCUAGUGGUCAGAGAGCAGUUGUUACUCCUGAUGGAGAAUGUUGUAUAGAUGACCUUUCCUACUAUGUCAACCGACUAUCUUCUUUGGUAAUUCAGAUGGCCCGUAAAGAAAUCAAGGACAAGUUGGAAGGAGGAAGCAGAUGCUUUCAUCAUUCAAUCUAUCCACCCACUGGGGAUAAAGGGAAAAACAGCCCCCACAGUACUGUGAGCAAGAUUGCUUCUGAAAUGGUCCAUGAUGCUAUGGAUGUGAGUUCAGAAAUGCGUGGCACCAGAGAAGACUGCAAGGAUGGCGGUCGGAAAACCUUUCUGUAUAGUGAAUUAUCCAACAAGAACAAAUGUGGAGAAAAACAAACGUGUCAGCGAGAUAGCAAAGAAUUUGCGGAUUCUAUCAGUAAGGGACUCAUGGUUUAUGCAAAUCAAGUGGCAUCUGACAUGAUGGUUUCUGUCAUGAAGACCUUGAAAGUGCAUAGUGGAAAGCCAAUACCAGCCUGUGUUGUCCUAAAGAGGGUGUUACUGAAGCACACCAAAGAAAUCGUGUCUGACUUGAUUGAUUCCUGCAUGAAGAACCUACAUAAUAUUACUGGGGUCCUGAUGACUGACUCAGACUUUGUUUCAGCUGUCAAGAGAAAUCUCUUCAAUCAUGGGAAACAAAAUGCUGCAGACAUCAUGGAAGCUAUGCUGAAGCGUCUAGUCAGUGCCCUUCUCGGUGAAAAAAGAGAGACUAAGACUCAGAGUCUUUCAUAUGCCUCUUUGAAAGCUGGAUCCCAAGAUCCCAAGUGCAAGAACCAGAAUCUUGAAAUCUCAGCUGUGAAAGCUGAGAUGAAAGGGAAGGACAAAUGCAAAGCAAAACCAGACCCAUGCAAAUCAUUGACCAGUGCUGAGAAAGUCAGUGAACACAUCCUAAAAGAGAGCCUGACUAUGUGGAAUCAAAAGCAAGGAAACCAAGGCAAGGUACCUACCAAAGCGUGUGCCAAUAAAGAAGAAAAAAGAGAAAAAAUCAGCCCUUCCACAGAUUCGCUGGCUAAGGACCUGAUUGUGUCUGCCCUUAUGCUGAUCCAGUACCAUCUGACCCAGCAGGCAAAGUGCAAAGACACAUGUGAAGAAGAAUGUCCAAGUUCUUCCAUGAACUAUGUGGCUCAGAGUACCAAAUUUGAGAAGUGUGGAGGUGCCCAAAGUACUAAAGCAGUUUCAAUGAAACAUCUGGAAUCUCAUGGCGCUCCCGGACCAUCUACCUCUGCAAAGGAGACCCCACAACCUGACUGCAAAAAAUUGGACAUGUCAAACAUCGUUCUAACACUGAUUCAGAAACUGCUUAAUGAGAGUCCCUUCAGCUGUGAAGAACUUAGCGAAGGUGAGAACAAGCGUUCUGAACCCAAAACAGGAAAAGCAUCUUGCAUGUCCAAGAAGUCUGACAGAACAGAAGAACAACAAUGUCAGGAAAAUCAAGACCUUGACUUUCUGAGUGGAAUGAAGCAAGUGAACCGCCAAUUUAUAGACCAGCUGGUAGAAUCUGUAAUGAAACUAUGCCUCAUCAUGGCCAAGUACAGCAGCAAUGGGGCGGCUCUUGCAGAGUUGGAAGAACAAGCCGCUUUGGCAGGAAAUUCCAACUUAAGCGGCCUCAGAUGUGGUCAUGAUGGGGCAAUGCCACAGGGCUUUUCAGAUACAUCCGGGCCAGAAGUCAUCGUCAACAAUCAGUGUGCUACCAGCAACUUGCAGAAGCAGCUCCAGGCUGUCCUGCAGUGGAUCGCCGCCUCCCAGUUUAAUGUGCCCAUGCUCUACUUCAUGGGAGAUGAUGAAGGACAACUGGAGAAGCUUCCUGAGGUUUCAGCUAAGGCAUCAGAGAAGGGCUACAGUGUUGGAGAUCUUCUUCAGGAGGUCAUGAAAUUUGCCAAGGAACGUCAGCUGGAUGAAGCUGUCGGGAACAUGGCUAGAAAGCAACUGUUAGACUGGCUGCUCACUAAUCUGUAG